CAGGUUGGGACGUCCCUGUCAACUCCAGAAGGAAGCGGCUGUGAUCAGGAGCCGAGCGAGCCGCACGAGCUUCUCCGAAACAAACCUGAACGUUUUCUUAGACUUUCUCCGCCGGACGGCGACAAGUGGCACUUUCUCCACAGGAGGGGUUGUCGAGUUUGUGGGGGAGAAUUAAAGCAACUGAGGCGUCCAGUUUCCCAAGUUGUUCUCCGCUCACCUCAUCAUGGCUUCAACGACCUGUACCCGGUUCACCGACGAGUACCAGCUGUACGAGGAGCUCGGGAAGGGGGCGUUCUCUGUGGUGAAGCGCUGCAUGAAGAUUUCCACGGGGCAGGAAUACGCUUCCAAAAUAAUCAAUACCAAAAAGCUGUCAGCCAGGGACCACCAGAAGCUGGAGCGAGAGGCGAAGAUCUGCCGCCUGCUCAAGCACGCCAACAUUGUGCGGCUGCAUGAAAGCAUUUCAGAAGAAGGAUUCCACUAUCUGGUCUUUGACCUAGUGACCGGUGGCGAGCUGUUUGAGGACAUCGUUGCCAGAGAGUACUACAGCGAAGCCGAUGCCAGUCACUGCAUACAGCAGAUUGUAGAAAGUGUAAAUCACUGCCACGUACAUGGCAUAGUGCACAGGGACCUUAAGCCAGAGAAUUUACUCUUAGCCAGCAAGUUGAAGGGGGCAGCAGUCAAACUGGCAGACUUUGGCCUGGCCAUUGAGGUGCAGGGAGAACAGCAGGCAUGGUUCGGUUUUGCCGGUACACCGGGGUACCUGUCUCCAGAGGUGCUGAGGAAAGAUCCAUACGGCAAGCCAGUAGACAUGUGGGCCUGUGGUGUGAUCCUCUACAUCCUCCUGGUGGGAUACCCUCCAUUCUGGGAUGAGGACCAGCACAGACUCUACCAGCAGAUCAAAGCUGGAGCUUAUGAUUUCCCGUCUCCUGAGUGGGACACAGUAACUCCAGAAGCUAAAGACCUGAUCAACAAGAUGCUCACCAUUAACCCAGCCAAGAGAGUGACGGCCACCGAUGUACUCAAACACCCCUGGAUCUGUCAACGCUCCACUGUGGCCUCCAUGAUGCACAGACAGGAGACGGUGGAGUGCCUGAAGAAGUUCAACGCGAGGAGGAAACUCAAGGGUGCUAUCCUGACUACUAUGCUGGCCACUCGCAACUUCUCAGUAGCCAAGAGCCUGCUGAACAAAAAAGCGGAUGGCGUCAAAAUCAACAACAAGACCAAUGUGGUCACCAGUCCCAAACAGCCCGUCCCCACUCUGGAGCCUCAAACCACUGUUAUCCACAACCCAGCUGAUGGAAACAAGGAGUCCAGUGAGAGCGCCAACACCACCAUUGAGGACGAGGACGUGAGAGCUCGUAAGCAGGAAAUCAUUAAAGUCACGGAACAGCUGAUCGAGGCCAUCAACAAUGGAGACUUUGAAGCUUACACGAAAAUCUGUGACCCAGGUCUCACGUCCUUUGAACCCGAGGCCUUGGGCAACUUGGUGGAGGGCACCGACUUCCACCGAUUCUACUUUGAGAACGCUCUGUCCAAGGGGAAGCAGCCCAUUCACACCAUCCUGCUCAACCCCCACGUCCACCUGAUCGGGGACGAGGGGGCUUGCGUCGCCUACAUCCGCCUCACGCAGUACAUGGACGGCGGCGGCGUGCCACGCACCGCGCAGGCGGAGGAGACGCGCAUCUGGCAGCGCCGCGACGGCAAGUGGCAGAACAUCCACUUCCACCGCUCGGGCGCUCCCACCGUGCCCGCCAAUUGAGGACACGUCCAGCCUGCAACAGUCCGACAAGCUACCGAGUGUCCGUCAAGUCCCUCAGCCAAUCCCUGCCCACACUAGCUAGAGCUCCGCCCUCUCAGUGUGAUGUUUACAUAUUAUCACCGCUGGGACCGAAAAUGAUUGUACAUGUUGAAGUUUUCACCCUCGGUUUUUUCUUUUCUUCAACAUGUACAAUAACAUUUUGUAGUGAGAGUGUGUGGUGUUGCAUUAUGGGAGUUUUAUAGAUAAGUAUGUUUAAAAUAGAGGAGCCAGAUGAUUCAUUUUUAUUUGCCUGUUGAAAUAUGUGAAACUUCCACCUUUUGUUUUGAAUAGUGCACAUAUUGAGCUGUUGUGAUGUUUUUGCCUUUCGGCACAAUGACCAAUAAAUGCCACAUAUCGGCUUAUGACAAUCUAUCAAAGGUUAAUAAGCGUGCUUUAGUUUUAGUGGCGUGCUUUGAUAAUCGAUGUGAAUCUCUCUUUGAUUAAUCUUUAUCAGUAUCCAUAUGAACUGAGUCGGCUCAUUUUACAGAAAUAGUAUGUUUACAAGGAAUUUUAACUUCAUGUUUUAUAAGGGAAAAUCAAUUGAAACGUGUUUUUGAGCAUCAUCACAGAAUAAUUGUAUCGAUAAGAUAGAAUGUAUAAAUUACAGUUCUGCCACUCUUUCCAGUCGAAUCACAUUUUCAUACAUUAAGGAACUAAUGUGAUUUUUAUUUGAUAUUGUAAUGUCGAUGCCACGUGUCAUUAUUAAUGCUUUCCUUAUGUCUGACUGGUGUAUGCCAAUGUUUUACAGCACCACGUGAGACAUUCAUAUUUUUAUAAUUAAGGAAUUCAAUUUUUAGACAGAAUUUCCAUCAUUAUUCAAGUUAUUGUUAUGUAACUAUUAUGAUAUUUUAUAAUCACUGUUAAGGGAAAGGGGAUUGUUUCCAUCACGUGCAGAUACGUAUCUUAAGGUUCAUAUUUAUUACACUUCAGAUUAGGAUGAUGUGAAUAUAAAACUAAUGGGACAAUUAAUGCCGGGAUCAAAGCACGGGCAAAGCUUGAAGAUGACGUCACAGGGUGUCCUCUGAGGAUCAUGUUUUUGGAUUGUUUUGCAAAUCAUACAUUUUGUUUUUAUCUGCUUUGAUAUUGGUGAUGGGACACUAACCUGAUGUAUGUUUAAGAAAUAAUAAAAAGUGAUAUAUGCCAAAGGAAA